AUGGCCAAGAAGAAGAAGAGAGGAAAGAAAGAUAAAAUCAAUCCUGUCUCCCAGCGGCAGCAGGAGUCGGAACAGCAACAACCCCCACCAGAGCAAACGGCGGCUAGUAGUACCCAGCAAACGGACUCAAGUAGCUGCUGUGGCGAUGUGGCGUCUACCAUCACAGACUUGGUCGAAAGCACGGCGGAAGUAACCACCACUUCGAGUUUCUGUGAUUUGUUCGUCAACAAGGAAGAAGAGGGAAACACAACUGCCGAGACAAUGCCUGCGGCGGAUCCCAAUCCUCAAACUAAGAAACAGUACGGGAAUGGGGAGAGCUUUAACAGCAUUCUUGCCAGUCCGAACAGCAACCAAAUCAACGCCACCGCCAAGUCCGUCACGACUGGUACCAACAGCUCUGAAGAAACGAAAAACGAAUGCGGGGUUGAGGAAAACGACAAGGAGCAGACAGAAGAAGAACCAAAGGCUGCUUCGCCUCAGAAAAGUUGCUGCAGUUCACAAAACAAAAAGGACGGAGAGGAAGACAAGCAGGCAGCCAUGAGUGAAACCAACAACCAUCCCGAAAAUCAGGACUCUACACCAGUGAAAACUCAAGAAGAUGUCGCACUCAAAAGCCCUCCAAAAUCGCCUCCAAAGCCAGCAGGAAGUUGUUGUGCCAGCAAAGCCAAAAAGACACCCACCGUUUCGUCAUUGGUGUCCUCUACUCCGAUGAUAAUAUCCACCCCCACUACCACCUGCUGCGGUUGUGGCGACGACUGUCGUUGUUGCAGAGAAAAUGGCUGGUCUUACUGCCAGUGUGGACCCAAUUGUAGAUGCAGCAACCCCUUGAUGACCGAACAAGCAUCCUUGCUGUUGGAGUGCACAAAUCAACAACUACAACAGCAAAAUAAUAAUGCUUCCACCAGAGCUGCUUUUGCUUCCGCUAGUACGGACUCCACAGCAAUAAUGUCCGUGGAUGAUCCUUUGAAAGCACCUCCGACCAUGGACAGCGCAAUCCCCGACGACCUGGAAGCCAAUCAUCAACAACAACAAAAAACGCCCCCUCUUUUUGUGGACAUUGUUGUAGGAGGCAUGACGUGUACCAUGUGCAGUCAAGCCAUCACCCGCGCCAUGAAAAACACAAACGGGGUUUCGGGUGUCAAGGUCUCGUUGUCGACUGAUAUUGCUCAUAUUGAAUUUGACCCAAGCAGAAACUACGCAGAAAUGGUGGAACAAGUCGAAGAAACUAUUUCAGACAUUGGAUACAUGGUUGUGGAUGUCAUCAAAAUGCCAAACCAGGAGCUUUUACCUGCUCCAUCCACCACGGGAGAUGCUGCAGGAGGCAACAACAAUCCAUGGUUGGAAUCAAAUAAUGCUCCAGUAUCAAACGGAAGCAAUGGGGGCGAGAGUCCCAGUUCGGGCAACACGCAACAAGAUCGGUGGAAUCGCAUUGCUCAACGACAAGAAGAAAAAGUGCAAGAACGAAAACGUGCUUUCUUGUGGAGUCUCGUUGGGACAACUCCCAUCAUUCUGCUGACAAUGGUUCUGCCGCAUGUUCUGCCGACUGCAUCGGUCCAGUGGUGGGAUCGUCAGCAUAUUCACUUGUUUGGUAUUACAAUGCCGCUCGAGUCGUUGCUGUUAUUCGUUCUUGCAACUCCUGUUCAAUUCAUUUGUGGUCUUGAUUUUUAUAAGGGGACAUACUACGGAUUCUUUCGCUCUGGAACCCUGAAUAUGGACGUGCUCGUAUGCCUCGGCAGCACGGCUUCUUGGGGAUACGCUCUCUACGCGACGCUGUGCAAUCAAGAGCAAGAAUCACACUUCUUUGAGACUAGCGCAGUCUUGAUUUGCUUUGUGUUGCUAGGAAAGUGGAUGCAGGCAGUGGCCGUCCAUCGCACCAGUGACGCUCUGAGCCACUUGAUGCAAUUGCAGCCAUCAACUGCCAUUCGAGUUGUGCCCGUGGAAGCAACCAAAAAUGGUGACGGCAUCACUUGGGAUCCCAUGACAGAAGCAUAUCGAGAGGAAGUUGUCCCAACGGACCAAUUGCAACGGGGUGAUUUUGUCAAAAUUGUUCCAGGAGCCAGUUUACCUGCAGAUGGCGUUGUGUUGGCUGGAGAGUUGGCAGUGGAUGAAAGCAUGGUGACAGGCGAGUCUUUGCCCGUCCUCAAGACAAAGAGCUCGGUGGUUCUGGGAGGGACUGUCUGUGUGGAGUCUUCCACAACAACUACCGGCGAGACGACAGUGCGUGAGACCACGGAGCAAGCUGACGCCGAGAAUCCUUCUACCAAAGCAGGACAGGUUGCAUUUUGCGAAGUGACGGGGGUUGGCUCCUCCACUGCUUUGGCACAAAUCAUUCAGUUGGUCCAAGAUGCCCAGGCUUCCAAAGUUCCCAUGCAAAAUUUCGCGGAUACAGUCAGUUCGGUAUUCGUCCCGGUGGUCGCCACGUUAUCCCUCAUCACCUUUCUGGUUUGGUACGCUCUGUGCAGUUCAGGUGUUGUGCCUGAAGAGUGGUACAGCCGCCUGGAUGAAGACGCUGCUACGUUCAGCUUGAUGUUUGGGAUAGCGACUCUCGUCAUCAGUUGUCCCUGCGCCCUCGGGCUGGCUGUACCCACAGCCAUAAUGGUCGGGACUGGCGUGGGGGCAAAGCUGGGAGUGCUGAUGAAAGGAGGUGAAGCGUUCGAAGCUGCUAGUCAAGUCUCAGCUGUCGUCUUGGACAAGACAGGCACAGUUACAACGGGCAAACCGGCGGUCACAGAUUUCCUCUUGUUGCAAAAGAGCGGAAACGCUGGCGAAGACGGCUGUGGCAACGCGCAGAGGAAGAGUCCGCCAUCGCUAUUGGACGAAAAGCCGCUAUCGAAAGAGACGAUUCUGUGGCUGCUUGGGUCCCUGGAGAGGUCAUCCGAACACCCUCUGGCAAAGGCCAUCGUUUCACACGCAGAAGAAGUUCUGUCCCAGUCAAUCAAAGGACCAGCAUACCUCGAAAAGAACCCUUUUCUGCAGCCGUCAGAGUUUCGUUCUAUGACAGGCCGAGGAGCUUCUGGAUACCUGACGAUUCCAGGACGGGACGAUAAGCGCUACUUUGUGGCCGUUGGAAACAGGGCUUUUUUUGCUACACUAGAUAUUGAGCUUACAAUGGAAAUUGACAAUCAAAUGAAAGAGCUGGAAGAGCAGGGGAAGACUGCAAUUCUUGCUGCCGUGAAUUAUGAGUUCACUGUGCUGCUUGGCGUUGCUGAUGAGCUGAAACCCGACGCUGCGGCAGCUGUUGCCUACUUGCGGAAUGAAAUGAAGAUCGAUGUUUGGAUGGUCACUGGAGACAAUGCUCGCACUGCGCAAGCAAUCGCGAGACAGCUCAAUCUUCCUCCACAACGCGUCGUAUCAGAGGCCCUGCCGAAUGCAAAAGUGUAUCAAGUUAAAAAGCUGCAGCAGCAGGGAAAGAUUGUUGCUCACGUUGGCGAUGGCAUCAACGACAGUCCGGCGUUGGCCCAAGCUAAUGUAGGCAUCAGCAUGGGAACAGGAGCUGCAAUCGCAGCAGAGGCAUCGGAUAUGGUCUUGGUCCGCGGGCAAUACGUGGCCGAUGUUUGCAUCGCCUUGGACCUGUGCCGUAGCAUCUUUGCCAGGAUCCAAUGGAACCUGGUGUGGUCACUGAUCUACAAUUGUCUUGGCAUCCCCCUGGCUGCAGGAGUAAGUUUUCCACUCCUUCAUGCCCGACUCCCACCCACGGUUGCAGCUUUGGCCAUGGCGCUGAGUUCGGUGAGCGUUGUUUUUAGCAGCCUGGCACUGAGGCUGUACAAGCCGCCGGUCAUUGCUUGUCGCUCGACGCGGCCAGCUGCUGGCAUUGGCAGCACUCCUUCAGGCGAUGCUGUCGGCGCGGUGACCAGGUCCAAUCAGCCACACGAAGAACCAGCGGCUUUGAAUCCAAGGCGGGGUCAGCUUGUUACAAGACUCUCGUUGGAAGAAGGCAACAGUUCAUGCGUGGCCGAGCUAACUGAGCCUCUGCUUUCCAGCGACAGGUUGGAGGCAGGAACGCAAAAGGGAGACUCUACCUAG